AUUGUAAAACUGCGAAUAAGAUGUCCCUUAAACCUAAGAGAAUUGAUUUUGAAAAAACUUGGAGCGAUUUAAAAAUUACUGUAACAGAAGUAGUCACUCUUGGAUGCGUUCAACGUGAUAUAUGGAGUAGCCGUUUUGUAGAUAUAUACUCCAUUUGUGUUGCCCACCCGGAGCCUCUGGCAGAUAAAUUAUACACGGAAACAAAAUUAUUUCUUGAACAGCAUGUGCGUAACUUGUUGAAAACGAAAGUUUUAUCUACAGAUGGCAAAACAAGCAACGACAAUAACCAUCCGUAUGCACUACUAAAUCGCUAUUUCAAUACUUGGACAGAAUAUAGCAAAGGAGUGGAGUAUCUAAAUCAUCUAUAUUUGUACUUAAAUCAACAACAUAUUAAAAAACAAAAGUUAGCGGAGGUCGAGGUUGUAUAUGGGUGUAUAAAUCAUGAUGCUUACGAACAACUUGAGAUUGGUGAGCUUGGACUAGACAUUUGGCGCAAAAAUAUGAUUGAGUGUAUUGGGAAAUCACUCGUUGAUCAAUUAUUGGAAGGAAUCAGAAGUGAUCGUGUUAACAACUCACAGCAAUCGGUUAUGACUCAUAUUAUAAAAGGAUCUAUUCAGAGCUUUGUUUGUGUGGAAGAAUACAAGAAAAAAGGUUCAUUGCAAUUGUAUCAAAAUAUUUUCGAGAACCCUUUUUUGAAAGAUAGUGGGGAGUUCUAUAAAUUGGAGGCAAAUAUUUUGUUACAGGAAUGUACUGUGAGUAGCUACAUGGAGGAAGUAAUUAAAAAAAUGGACGAAGAAAAUAAGCGUGCGCAGAAAUAUCUACAUUUCAGCUCGAUACCAAAAUUACGGAAAGAAUGUGAACAGCGCAUGAUAUCAGAUCAUCUGGAAUAUCUUUAUUCUGAAUGCAAUGAAAUGGUUUCAAUGGAAAAACGAAAGGAUUUGAGGAACUUGUAUACAAUUCUAAAGCCAAAUCCGGAUGCUCUUAAGACAUUAGUUCAAACGUUCUUGGAGCACAUUAAAAAUGAAGGAAUUCAAAUGCUUUCUACUUUGAAAGGUGAAUUGGUUCAUGUUCAAUUCGUGGAAGGAAUGCUUAAAGUUCACGAAAAGUACGAAGAACUGAUCUCAGAUACGUUUAAAUCAGAUCCUGUCUUUUUAAGUGCGCUUGACAAAGCUUGUUCGGGUGUUAUAAAUUCUAAAGCAUGUGAGAAACAACCCGGAAGAAGUGCUGAGUUAGUUGCAAAGUACUGUGAUAGCUUACUAAAAAAGUCGAAAACUACGGAAAGUGAAAUUGAAUCUAAAUUAACGAAAAGCAUCACUAUAUUCAAAUAUAUCGAAGAUAAAGAUGUGUACCAAAAAUUUUAUAGCAGAAUGUUAGCUAAAAGGUUAAUUCAUGAUCAAUCUCAGAGUAUGGACGCUGAAGAAAUGAUGAUUAAUAAGUUAAAACAAGCCUGUGGUUAUGAGUUUACCAAUAAAUUACAUAGAAUGUUCACAGAUAUUUCAGUAUCUACGGAUUUGAAUGUAAAAUUCAACCAUUUUCUAAAGCAGCGUAAUAAAGACACAGGAAUAAACAUGUCUAUUAAAAUUCUACAAGCUGGAGCAUGGCCAUUGGGCCCUAUGCAAGUUACAGUGGGCUUUGCUGUUCCUCAUGAAUUUGAGAAACCAAUCAGAUUGUUUGAAAGUUUUUAUCAUAUAAAUUUCAGUGGCCGAAAAUUGACAUGGCUUCAUCAUCUUUGUCAUGGGGAACUAAAGAUUGUUUUUGUCAACAGGAAUUAUAUCGUUACAAUGCAAACAUACCAAAUGGCUAUACUUUUAUUGUUUGAAAAUGCCGACAGCUUAUACUAUAGAGAAAUUCAAGAUUCGCUGCAGCUCAAUCCAGACGUGUUCCAAAAACAUAUAGCUAGCCUAGUAGAAUCAAAAUUGUUGCUAGUCGAUAAAGAGGUAUUACAAGCCAGCUCAAGAAUAAGUCUGAAUAAAGAUUACGUAAAUAAACGAACAAAGUUUAAGAUCACCGCAGCUUUACAAAAAGAGUCUCCUCAGGAGGUUGAAAAUACCGUAAAUUCUGUUGAUGAAGACAGAAAAAUGUACCUGCAAGCCACUAUAGUGAGGAUCAUGAAGUCUCGAAAAGUUCUUAGACACAACGCUCUCAUACAAGAGAUACUGGCUCAAUCGAAAGUAAGUUUUGCUCCGAAUAUUGGUAUGAUAAAGAAAUGCAUAGAAUCUUUGAUCGACAAGCAGUACAUCGAACGAACUCCCAAUUCUGGUGAUGAAUACAGUUACGUUGCAUAAAUUAUGAAUAAAUGAAAAGAAUCGGAAUGUUAAAUGUGGUUUAGAUUAUUAUUUUGAUUACCUUUUAAAACAACGAUUCAAUUUAAUGAAAUAAUAUUAAAUCAAUAGGGCCAUUGCAAAUAAUUUUAAAAGCUUUUGGCACUCCCCCUUGGAAACUGGCUUGAAAAAUCGGGGGCAAAAAAAUAAUUUGUAGGAUAUGAGUUAAUUUUUUUUUCAUAAAAUCAAUUGUCUGUGGGUUCUACAGCCUGCAAAACUCGAAAAAUGAGUGUACGAGUUGAGUUAAGGCUUCUAGCAUGAAACAGAAAUGGAAAUUCGCACAACGGAAUUUCCGAAAUUCGACCGAAAAAUUUUUCUUUCGUUUUUGUCUUUUUCGUAGAUUUUUGCAUGGAAAAAAUAACGUAUAUAUGAAAAACAAGAAUAGAUUUGGUUUUCACGUCUAAACUUUAAGUAAAAUUGCCUAAAAUCAAUACUUUUUUUUGCUCGAAUAAAAAAAUCUCUUUGUUUUUUUCGCCUCCCCCCCUUCAGUGGCCUAACACCGGAUGGACAAAAACUUUAUAAAAUAUUUGUAAUGGCCUAAUUCAUGUGUUUACAAAAUAACGAAGCCUUCAAUAUUGGUAGUGCACAUUAGAAUAAUUCAGUGAUCAUCGUUUGAAGUAAAAUCACCCAUUAAUUUGAAACAUGAGCCUAAAUUUCUACAGUUAUCUCUUCCUUAAUUUUCCUGUUGUCAAACAAGUGCACAAUAACUUUUGUUUUUAACCCUUUUUUAAAAUUGUUUGUAGAAGUUUAAACAAUCCCAAAAUAUUACAAUAAAU